AUGUGCUAUGAUGUGGAAUAUUACAGUUCAGAAAACUUUAAAAGAACUUUGGAAGAUAUGCACAAUUGUGCAAAGCUUGGCAAAGGACAACAGAACUACUGCUGUGUUCGACCUCCAUUAUUAAACAUAAAACUUGAUCAUGUGGUGAUAGACGAGCUGCACUUGCUCCUACGCGUAAUGGAUGUAUUACUUGACAAUCUUGUCCAGGAUGCAUUGAACUGGGACCAAAAAGGCAACUGGCAAAGAAAGAAAAGCAAUCAUACAGCUACUCACCUGGAAAACCUUAUUGUAACCAUUAAAUCUUGUGGAAUCUCUUUCUCUGUUUGGGAGAAGCGAAAUGCUAAUGGAAAGUGUCGGGUACGUUCGAGUUCACAAGUCUUCUUGGUGAUGAUAAGAAAAAAUUAUUGAGGUCACUUCCCGAUAAAUUGGGGGGUGUAAUUCAACCACAUACUAAAGAGACAGUAAAAAUGUUAUGGCCAAUCAGGCAAGCCAAAGCCAUAUGCGUGAUUUUCUCUAUUAGCAAAUUACGUAACAGCUCACAACAUCCUGACUGUCAGUCUGUCACUGCAUGGUUAAAAACUCUUUACUCUUUUUUUGUUACUCUCUCUUUAUUUACCUCAAAGACGAAAAUGGAACCAGGAGUUGUUGAAACGGGGCAAACGACGGGAGAAG